AUUUUAUUUCAAGCAUUGAUGAAAAAAGCUCCCAAUUUAACAACGCAAAACAUUAGCUCAUUUGGCGCCAAAUCCCUAAUUUCACAACCAAAAUCUCAUCUUCGAUUUCAAAAAUGGAGUUGGAAGCUCAACCCUCCGAUGGAAUGGAUAUGGAAGAAUGCACACCCACUCCACUUGAAAGGGAGCCGCCGGUAAUCCGACGCUUGGAAGAGGAGGUGGUCAACAGAAUCGCCGCCGGUGAGGUCAUCCAGCGGCCACUCUCCGCCGUUAAGGAGCUCGUCGAGAACAGCAUCGACGCCGGCUCAACUUCCAUCACCGUGGUGGUGAAAGAUGGUGGCCUCAAACUCAUCCAAGUCUCCGACGACGGUCAUGGAAUUCGACAGAGAAUUUUGAACGCAUCACUUGCAUGUUCUGUUGAUGAAAGGCUUCGUGCAUUUUAUAUGUAUGAAGAUCUUCCUAUUUUAUGUGAAAGGCAUACAACCUCUAAACUAAGUAAAUAUGAGGACUUACAAUCUAUCAAAUCCAUGGGAUUUAGAGGCGAGGCGUUAGCAAGUAUGACAUAUGUUGGUCAUGUGACAGUUACCACCAUAACUAAAGAUCAAUUACAUGGAUACAGGGCAACUUAUAAAGAUGGUGUGAUGGGGUGUGAACCAAAAGCAUGUGCAGCUGUUAAAGGCACUCAAGUUAUGAUAGAGGAUUUAUUUUAUAACAUGGCUGCUAGGAAGAAAACACUUCAGAAUUCCGCUGAUGACUACCCAAAGAUAGUUGAUAUAAUUUGCCAGUUUGCCAUCCAUCACACGAGCAUAAGCUUCUCUUGCAGAAAGCAUGGAGCUGCUCGAGCAGAUGUUCAAUCAGCUUCUAAAUCCUCAAGGCUUGACGCAAUAAGAUCUGUCUAUGGGGUAUCAGUUGCACAAAACCUUUUGAAGAUAGAAGUCUCUGAUGAUCCAUCGAGUUCAAGUUUCGAGAUGGAUGGAUUUAUUUCUAAUUCUAACUACAUCGCAAAGAAGAUAGCUAUGGUGCUAUUCAUCAAUGAUAGACUCGUGGAGUGUGGUGCUCUAAAGAGAGCAAUCGAGAUUGUUUAUUCUGCUACAUUGCCAAAGGCAUCCAAACCUUUCAUCUACAUGUCAAUCAAGUUGCCACCUGAACACGUUGAUGUAAAUGUGCACCCAACUAAGAGAGAGGUAACCCUCCUGAACCAAGAAAUUAUAAUUGAGAAGAUACAAUCUGCUAUUGAGUCAAAAUUGAGGAAUUCCAAUGAGUCGAGGACAUUUCGAGAACAGAAAGUGGAUCCUUUAGAUACUUCAGUUUCUACAAGCAAGGCUGCCUCAACUCCUCCCUCGUCUUUUGGAACAAAGCCCCAAAAAGUUCCCGUGCACAAAAUGGUAAGGACAGAUUCCCAGGAUCCUGCAGGAAGGUUGGAUGCAUACCUGCAGAGCACACAGUCUAGUCAAAUGCAACGAAAUUCUUGCUUGGCCUCCAUGAGGUCUUCAAUCAAAGAAAGGAGGAACUCCAGGGAGACUGCAGACCUUACUAGCAUUCAGGAACUUAUCAGAGAGAUUGACUCUAGCUGCCACACUGAGUUGCUGGACCUUGUUGGACACUGCACGUACCUUGGGAUGGCAGACGAUGUUUUUGCUCUGCUGCAGCACAACACUCAUCUGUAUCUAGCUAAUGUGGUCAACUUGAGCAAAGAGCUCAUGUACCAGCAAGUUUUACGUCGAUUUGCACAGUUUAGCGCAAUUCAAUUGAGUGUUCCCGCUCCUCUGUGGGAAUUAGUAAUGCUGGCCCUAAAGGAGGACGAGUUGGAACCUGAAGGCAUUGAACAUGAAAACCUGAAAGAAAAGAUAGCAGAAAUGAAUACAAAGGUGAUAAAGCAGAAGAGCGAGAUGUUGGAGGAAUACUUUGGCAUUCAUAUUGACCCGGAUGGUAAUUUGUCCCGGCUGCCUAUUGUACUUGACCAAUACACACCUGACAUGGAUCGUGUUCCAGAGCUCAUUCUUUGUUUGGGCAAUGAUGUUAAUUGGGAUGAUGAGAAGGACUGUUUUCAAACAAUCGCUGCAGCUAUUGCGAACUUCUAUGCCUUCCAUCCCCCUUUGUUGCCAAAUCCAUCAGGUGAGAGCUUACAAUUUUAUAAAAGAUCUCCUUCUGGAGAUCCUGAAGAAGGAAGUACGUCACACAGUGGUGAUGUCAUACCGGAAGAACAAAUUGAGCAAGAACUAUUUUUGGAGGCUGAAAGAGCUUGGUCUCAGCGUGAAUGGUCGAUUCAGCAUGUUUUGUUCCCCUCCAUGAGGCUUUUCCUCAAGCCUCCUACAUCAAUGGCUACAGAUGGAACUUUUGUCAAGGUGGCUUCAUUGGAGAAACUCUACAAAAUUUUUGAAAGAUGCUAACCAGAGCAUUAGUCUUCUCGCUGCUGCGUCAGCAGUACAUGAUGUCGUAAGCUUGCAAGUUUCACCAUCUUUAUCUGUUUUCGAAUUCUGCAUCUUUAGCAUGCGUAUUUGAAUAGUUGCUACUCUUUUGUGUAAAUAUAUGUACUUGGGAGAUAAAUUGUAUUGUAGAAUUUUUGAUGAAAAAUGAAUCUAUAUUUUCAGCU